AUGAGAACCUUCAUUUUGCUCGCCCUCGUGGCAGCAUGCUCUGCUGUCGUUUACAAAAUGGAGACUAAGAAGUCGGAAAAUCUCCGUGCUAAGCUCAUCCAGUAAGUUUUGAAAUACUUCUUUCUGAUAUUUUCAAUCUCAAACUUUGAUUUUUAGAACUGGAAGAUAUCAAGAAUUCUUGGCCAAACAACACGAAUCAAGAAUCAACUUGAACACUGGAAGUCAACCAUUCCUUGACUAUUAUGAUGAUUUCUAUCUCGGAAACAUCACCCUCGGAACUCCAGCUCAACAAGUCACCAUUGUUCUUGAUACUGGAUCAUCCAACCUCUGGGUUAUUGAUGCCGCCUGUAAAACUCAAGCCUGUAACGGAUACCCAGAUUCUGGAUACACCAAACACAAGUUCAACACCACCGCCUCAACCACCUAUGUUUCGGAAUCCAAGAAAUUCUCGAUCCAAUACGGAUCAGGAUCAUGCUCCGGACAUUUGGCUAAGGAUACCUUGGUCUUCGGAGGAUUGACUGUUGCCAACCAAGAAUUCGGAGUUGCCAACCAUUUGGCCGAAGUUUUCGGAUACCAACCAGUCGACGGAAUUCUCGGACUCGGAUGGCCAUCAUUGGCUGUUGACAAGGUCACCCCACCAAUGCAAAACGUUUUGUCCCAACUCGAUCAACCAAUCUUCACCGUCUGGCUUGACAGAAAACUCAACAUCUCACAAGGAGGACUCGGAGGUCUCAUCACCUACGGAGCCACUGAUUCAGUCAACUGUGAUUCAACCAUCACCUAUGUUCCAUUGACCGCCAAGACAUACUGGCAAUUCAACAUUGAUGCUUUCGCCAUCGGAACCUACUCUGAAUCCAAGAGCCAAUCCUCCAUCUCUGACACCGGUACCUCAUGGGUUGGAGCUCCAGCUUCAAUUCUCUCCGCUAUUGUCAAGCAAACCAAGGCUACCUUCGACUGGACCAACGAACUUUACACCGUUGACUGUGCCACUUCAUCUUCCCUUCCAGAUCUUAUCUUCACCAUCGGAGGAACCAAAUACAACGUUCAAGCUGUUGAAUACGUUUUGGAUCUUCAACUCGGAGGAGGCAAAUGCGCUAUCACCUUCUUCUCAAUGGGAAGUGGAUCAUUCGGACCACAAUGGAUUUUGGGAGAUACCUUCAUCCGUCAAUACUGUAAUGUCUACGAUAUCGGACAAGCCAGAAUUGGUUUCGCCAAGGCUCACCACAGCUUCUAA